CCGGGAGGUGUGGUUUGGUGGGGCUCGCUGAGGGCGGGAGCGCUCGGUGCUGUCGCCGGUCGCGAUGCUCCGUCGGAAGCCGACGCGGCUGGAGUUGAAACUGGACGACAUCGAGGAGUUCGAGAGCGUCCGAAAGGAGCUGGAGAGCCGCAGGAAGCAGCGGGACGAGGCGGAGGUGGCGGCGGGCGGCGAGGAGGCGGCGGCGAUCGGAGCGCUGGGCACGGAGCACAAGAGCCGCGAGCAGCUCAUCAAUGACCGCAUCGGGUACAAGCCGCAGCCCAAGGCCGGCGGCCGCACCGCGCACUUCGGCACCUUCGAGUUCUAACGGGGGCAGUCCAGGCACCCCCGCUCGGCCGGGGGCGCCGAGCUGUCCCCUCUCUGAGCUGUUACAUUUUUGUUUUUUAAGUUUGGUUAACAUGCCCGUGAACGCCCCUUGACCGAGCGUUUUGUUUAAAAUAAACACCUUUUUUUUUUUUUUUUUUUUU